GACACGUCACCAGCCUCCCUCCACCCUACCACGCCCUCUCUCGUCUCCCUCACGCUGUCUCGCAAUCGUUCCUCUCCACCCACUGUCAUCAUCAAGAAAAAAAGAAUCGUUCCUCUCCACCUCCCUGACGCGUCGCACCGGCGGCCGACGCGGCAUCGGCGGCGGAGAAGGUGCUGUUAGAUCGACUGUCUAAGAAAAUAUAGAGGGGUCUUUCUGUCCUCUGCUCGUACCUGAAGCAAGCGUGGAGGGGCUGCUCUAAUAGGUCUAUGCACCCUGUGUCAAUCUCCUUUCAACCAUUCACUGCAACUCCAGCGGGCAAUUUUCCCUCAAGGACCACUAAUGUGAGGUCUCGCCGUGAUUUUGUCAAGUUGCCGACAGUUGAAAGAAGUAGUGGAUACCGUGCCAUGAAUUCCGGACCAAAUUCUGCUUCCAGGUCUGAAAUGACUGGGGAACAGGAUUAUGCUGUGGGAGAGAAUGAUGGUGUGAUCAUAGUCGACCAUGGGUCACGGCGACAGGAAUCUAAUCUCAUGCUAAACGAUUUUGUUACUAUGUUCAGGGCAAGGACUGGCUACAGGAUUGUUGAGCCUGCUCACAUGGAGCUCGCUGAGCCUACCAUUAAAGAAGCAUUUGGAAAAUGUGUCCAGCAAGGAGCAUCCCGCAUUAUUGUCAGCCCAUAUUUCCUCUCACCUGGACGGCACUGGAAACAAGAUAUACCUUCUUUAGCAGCAGAAGCCUCUAAAGAGCACUCUAACGUGGCCUACAUUGUCACUGCUCCUCUUGGAUUGCAUGAGCUUAUGGUGGCAAUCUUCUCUUUUUUUUUUGACAAUCAAGAAGAGCAAUCUCCUCUUCAGUAUAAUCUCAAAGUUGAUUGGCUACAAAUUCCACGGCAAACAUGUUUCUGUAGGAUAUUAUGAAUGACCGCAUCAAGUACUGCCUGAGGCACGUUGCAGGCGAUGCCGAUGAGUGUGCAGUAUGUGCUGGGACUGGAAAGUGCCACCUCUACUCCUGAUGAUGAUGACAUGUGAGCUGCUCGAAAGUCUAAUCAGGACACCUUGUUUUUCUCUCAUUGGCAGCGCAGAUUGAUGGCUGAGGCCAAUAUUUCCAUCUUGUUAACCCAUGCUCCUUGUUAUCUGCCAUGUGAUCAGAAAACAUUGUAACAAUGAUCUCGGCGGUUUUGUUCAGCUUGUAGAUCUAGAGUGUUUUCAGUAGUCUGAACAAGAUACCAUGACAAGAGAGUGUAAAUUUGUCAUGUAAAUCAAACACUGCCUGGUAUGCACCACAACAAAUUUGUUAUGCCCCUGCAAGAAAAAAAAUGUUACGGAAAUGUCUGGAA